AUGCAGAGUGCUUCUACAAACAUUUGUGAAAGACUGUGCAAUAAGUCCAUCCGUGAAAUAUCCUUGCUACUAAAUAUUCCACUGUCAACUGUUAGUGGUAUUAUAACAAAGUGUAAGUAACUGGGAACAACAGCAACCCAGCCACGAAGUGAUAGACCAUGUAAAAUGACAGAGCGUGGUCAGCGCAUGCUGAAGCACACGGUGAGCAGAAGUCGCCAACUGUCUGCAGAGUCAAUAGCUAAACACCUCCAAACUUCAUGUGGCCUUCAGAUUAGCAUAACAUGCAUAGAGAGCUUCAUAAAAUGCGUUUCCAUAGCCAAGCAGCUGCAUCCAAGACUUAUAUCACCAAGUGCAAUGCAAAGUGUCGGAUGCAGUGGUGUAAAGCACACCACCACUGGACUCUAG